UCCUCUUUUAACAUGGUGCUGCUCUGCCUGACCUUGGCCAUGGAGCUCUUGACCAUUUGUUUUCUGCUCUUUACAGUGGAGAACCUCCCUUUGCCUUUUGAAAUUGUUGUGUUGAGCAUUGUCAGCGUCAUCUGCUUCUAUGGAGCCACAGCCUCGCUCACCAACUGCAUGUUUGGGAAGGACCUCCUGAUGGUGGGACCUCCUCUGCUCACAGUCCAGAGCUCCAAGGAGGACAGGGAGGAUCCCCUGCCCUGUGUCUGCCCCAGGUCCCAUCUCACGAGCGGCCUGAGGACCAUCGCGGAGCUGCUGAACACGGGGGCCGUGUGCGGGGUCCCCACAGACACCGUGUACGCCCUGGCAGCCUCCUGCAAGCACCCCGAAGCCAUCGAGAAGGUCUACAGGAUCAAGGACAGGCCUCAAGAGAAGCCCAUCUGCAUCUUCAUUUCCAACCUGGAGCAGUUGCGAGCAGCUGCUCCGCCCAUCAGCCCCCUGCUCUGGGAAUUCAUGGAAAAUGUUUAUCCCGGCGGCAUCGGCUGCAUUAUCCGAAAGGGAGAGUGGCUGAAGAAGUUGGGGGUCGGAGCAGGAUACAGCAGGGUGGGAACCCAGGACAGCAUCAUGAUCCGAGUCCCUGACCUGACAGUCCUGGUGCACCUCAUCGACAUGACCGGACCCUUGGCCAUCACCUCGGCCAACCCCAGCGGGGAGGCAGACAGCACCCACCACGACAUGGUCAUCUCGCGCCUUGGCCAUAAGCUGGAGGGUGUUCUCUGCGAUGGAGAGUCUGACGAGGUGGUGGCGUCCACCGUGGUCAACUGCACGAAGAUUGAUGAAAGUGGCAUCAUCAUCGUUCGGGAAGGCUGCAUCCCAGCAGGAAAAGUCAUGCAGAUCUUUGAAAGGGCGAAGAGCAGAGUGGUCUGAGCCGAAGGAACCUUCCCUGAGCAAAGGAACAAAGUCUGCUCUCCCUAAAAACAUGAGGUGUCCCACGUUUUGCUGGAGCCUUGGGAGAGACAUUCCUUCUCUGAUCCAGCUCUUACCUCCUCGGGAAGAGCAGCACUUCUUCACUUGAGGCCUCUCCUGGGACCUUCCUGCAGUGAUCUCUUGUUUAUCCCCAGUAAGUGCCUGGAAUCUCCAGGAGAGCUGCCCAGGAGCUGAUGCUUUUCCUCAGGAAUUCCCAGAGCUCCGGUGUUUCUGAAGUGCAUUGGACUGUGAACGCAAUGUUUGUGCAUCCCCCCCCCCACAAC